GCGGACAGAGCUCGCGAGCUACCGGGUUUCCCAGAUAACGGGACUAUCGUGACGGACGCGCACACACACACAGACGGAUGGUGGUGGGACAGAGCUAACGGGCUGAAAUAGUCUCAACGGGUACCGUGUUGUUUUCUUUCGUUCAGUUUUAACAUUCCGGAUUGUUUAUUUAUUUAUCUAUCCAUCGAUUUAUUGCGUUUUAAUUAGCGGCUAGUGAGUAUACGCGAAGGGGGAGGGGCGUAUUCAGCCGCUUCGUAGCUUUACGCUUACGUGAUUAUUUCUAAUAUAUUAAACGAUUAUAUUAUGUGUUUUAUAAAAAUGCUGCUUGAUAUGCAUGCACUGUGCGUGAGAUAAACCACACAGUAGGACAGCUACAAACCAAAUAUUUUUGUUAAACACUUGUAAACUGUUUUAAAGCAAACCCUGCCAGCAUCCACGAGUCGAAAAGGAUAGUUUUUCACUGAUGUGAACUGGAUUUUGACUCUCGAUUUGCUUGUAAAGAAAAACCAAAGUGGACAAGAACGUAGCGCGCGCAAGGCCAUUGUGACGUUUACCGUCCGCACACCUGGUCUGGCGCGGGAUACGCAAAACGCGACGAGCCUCUGUUAUUACGGAAAAAGUCAGCUUUGAAUUAAAACCAGGCAGUUUAUUUUGUCUGCCCAGGUCCAUAUAUCUUAGCACCGCUACUUUUAUCCUAUUGUGCAGGUCAGUUUAGCGCAUUUAUUAGUAGAGCAAUUGUUAAAACCAACAAACAUUUAUACCAACAAACCUGACUAUCCGUCUGUGUGUCGGUCCGAGCUAGAGCAUCCCUAAAAAAGGCGUGAUGACAGAAAGGCACAUUACCAAAAAUGUAAAGAAAGCUUAAGCCAUUCUCUUUAUAUAUAGUAAAUUAACCAAAAUACACAUCGUUACCAAAAAAAAGAAAACACUCAACCAAAAUAGUCUACGUGACAAAAGAAACCAAAGAAGAAGACAAACAGACUGAAGACAAGUGCCAAAUCAACGAAACCAUAGAAGAAAAUCCCAGACGACAGCGGAUCAUGUUUGUUCCCUUGCCGGUGCCGUUAGUGUUUCAGAGAACCGCUCCUGACUUUGGCGCCUGGCGACUCAAGUCUCCUCUACCGCUGCGCUCCGGUAACUCCGAUAUCAGGAUGUCAAAAGCCGUAAUAGAUGACAAGACGGGAGCUGAGAUUCUAAUGGACAGUACAGACUCUGAGAGGAACAGUCCAGAGGCCGGUGAUCAGACCCAGCCUAUGAAAACAAGCCCUUUCUGCCUGUCUCCUGCUCCCAGCAACACAAAGGUUAAAGCAGAAGAAUCUGUUGAGAUGACCAGUGUUCAUGGUCCUCCACCUCCACAAGCUCAGCCUACUCUACAACACACACAACUCAUGCUGGCUGGCAGUCAACUCGCAGGGCUGGCCGCUCUGCUCCCUGCACAGCAGCAGCUGUUGUUGCAGCAGGCUCAAGCGCAGCUGUUAGCUGCGGCCGUGCAACAGUCCAACGCAGCGCAUGCCGCCCACGCAGCUGCAGCAGCCAAUCAUCAGCAGCAGCAGACGCAACAGCAGCAGGCCAAUCAGGCAGCAGCACAUGCCCAGAGUCAAGCCAAAGCCGAGCAAGCUCCGCCUCAACUAGCUUUAUCGCAGCCUAUCCAACUCACUGCCCAGGACAUUCAGCAGUUGUUGCAGUUACAGCAGUUGGUUCUGAUGCCUGGUCAUCAUCUACAGUCACAUCAGUUCCUUCUGCCUCAGGCUCAGCAGGGCCAGCAGGGUUUGCUUUCGACACAAAAUCUGAUUUCACUACCUCAGCAGAACCCAGGGAGUCUGUUGACCCCCCCACCCAGGCUGGGGCUCCAAGCACAGCAUCAUCUUGACGACAGACUGUGGUCAUUUCAGAGGGAGAAGAGCGUGGAGAGCGUUGUAAGCCCCAAACCUUCCUCAGCCCCUCCCCUGACAUCCGUUUCCACGGGGACGCCACAUGCCGAGGAGCCCAGCGAUUUAGAGGAGCUCGAACAGUUUGCACGAACUUUCAAACAGAGGCGAAUUAAACUGGGGUUCACACAGGGAGAUGUCGGGAUGGCCAUGGGCAAACUGUACGGCAAUGAUUUCAGUCAGACCACCAUCUCACGCUUCGAGGCUCUCAACCUGAGCUUCAAGAACAUGUGUAAACUCAAACCACUGCUGGAGAAAUGGCUGAGCGAUGCAGAUGUGUAUUUGACAGAAACAAUGGCGAUCGACAACAUGCUGCCUAGUCCCAGUUCACUGUCGUCACCUCUGUUGGGCUUUGAAGGUUUGCCCGGACGUCGCCGGAAGAAACGCACCAGCAUCGAGACCAACGUCCGCAUAGCCCUGGAGCGCAACUUUAUCUCGAACCAGAAGCCUACCUCUGAAGAAAUCCUGCUGAUGGCCGAGCAGCUCAACAUGGAGAAAGAGGUCAUCCGCGUCUGGUUCUGUAACCGGCGGCAGAAAGAGAAACGUAUUAACCCGUCCAGCGCCACUCCCCCCCUGCCCAGCCAUCCUCCGGCACAGACGCACAAAAAUCCCUGCUACAGCCCGCACAUGAUGUCCAGUCAGGGAAUAGCCCAGGCUACCACCAGCCUCAGCACAACAGUCAGUCCCACACCAUCCGUGGCCUGCACUCUUAACACCAUUGGACAUGCAGUAAUGAGCUCCGCCCCUUCUUCUGUGACUCCGCCUCCUCUCAGCACACUUAGCCCAACUCCACCCAGUCUCAGCAGCCCUGGUCUGAACACAGGGAACACAAUGAUGGGUGUAAGCACAGGAAUGAACCAGGCUCUCAUCAGCAGCAAUCCUCUGGCCACAAUGCAAGCCCUAGCUGCCAGUGGUGGUCAGAUGCCUCUUUCUGCUCUUGACGGCAGUGGUCAGAUGUUUCUGGGUGGAGCCGGAGGUCCAGGAGCUGGACUUCGCCAGUCCCUCUUCCUAAACCGUCCUACUUUGCUGCCUCUGGCGACUGGUGCGGGCAUGGGUCUGGUUAACCACCCCAGGGCUUCUCCGUCCCAUGGCGGCAGAGGUGCGAGCCCAGACUCGUGCUCCAUCUCCCCCUGCUCAAGCCCCGCCUCUUUCUGCUCAUUAGGCGAUGCUUCGCCGCCACCCCUGGGCGGAGCUAUGGCAGAGUGACGCCCACGUCGACCUGCUGCGCUCGAGGGGAGUCGGAGGGGCAGUAGAAACACGAAAAACAAAACUCGCCUUUUCAACCAAAGCCAUCUCUCACUUCCCUCCAUUGCUCUCCUUUGCUCGCUCUCUCAUUAAAUCUUUUAAUGCCAAAAAUACAGAUAGAUGACGGGAGAAAUGAGCAGAAGGGAAUGGGGAUAAGGAGAGAAUAGGACUGUUUAAACCAAAAAAUUAAUCUAUACAUGCAGCGGGAGGUGGCUACUACAAGAAUGUACAUUUAUUUCUUUCUGAAUGAGAAAAACAACUCACCUACAUGAACUGAUACAAUUGAGGGCAGGGUUAAGAGCCAGAAUAAACUUUGUGGUUGAAUAAGAAAGCAACAACUACAAAAACAUAAAAAUAAAAACGGGUGGCGAAGAAAGGAACAAAGCAAGGACAUUUUACAAGUGUCACCGGACGGUAGAAGGAGAAACCAAAAAAAUAAAUACAUGGAAGAAGAACGGAGAGACUCACAAAGACAAAAAAUGACGAAAAUGCCAAAAUUGCCAAAAAACCAAAACCAAAAAUCGGAGAGAAAAGCUUUACCUAAGACUUUUAAACCUGACUUGUCCAGGAUCAGAUUAACUCCACACCUAACACCAAAAAUGUAUUUUUCAUCCACCACAUAUUACUUAAUCUUUUUUCUUUUAAAGAUUUUGUAAAUGUCUUUCUCAAUCUACCUCUGCUGUCAGAUACUCAUUCAUUUUUAAAUCCAUAAUCACUCUUGAUUAAUAAGUAUUAUUCAUUAUACAUCAUUCAGACCAAUAACAAAACAGGAGGGAGAUUCGAAAUACCUCCACUUCCAUAGCUUCAUACGCAUAAACACUGUAAAAACUGUCAUUUAAGUUGUCCAUCAGUUCAGUACUCAUCCAUGACUUUGACUCGCUUUCUUGGAUAUACCAAAGCAUUUGUCUGACCUUUCGCGUCAGCCAAAAAGUGCUCAGACGACGAGACCUCAAACGUGUAAAACCACAAGGAGACGAAGAAAACGAUACCCCCUUAGCCCCCAAACCCCUGCCCUCCAUCUUCUCUGUAAAACACGGGAUCAGAUCUCCAAUAGGACGAGCGAGACCAACGUCAGGCCCGAGGAGCAGAAACUGUGGAGCGCUCGGGUGGGGAAACUUCAACGUGAUGGGAGACAUGUGAUGUCGUCGUUGUCGCUUUUUUAUGUUUCCGACACCAAAAAUGAAACCAAAACCAAUGGACAACUAAACUUUAUUCAAUUGAAAUGAAACCAAAUACAAAUAGGAGGUGGACAUGCAAGCUUGCGAUCGCUCUGACUUGGAGAUGGGUCCAUCGUCUCCUCCCUCCUUUCCGUUAAAUCGAGGCUUUAACUCUCGUACCUGGACGGGAGACUAACUAUAAACCUCAUCGAACUGAACUUCAGUAUAUAUAUAUGAAUAUAUUGUUUAAUUGCUUUUUCUCUUGGUCUGUCUGUUUAUGCUGUAUGACCUUGUCUCAUUCCUUUAUAUUUUUGGGAUAAUGGGGUAACGUAUUGCCUAUUUUCAUAUUUCGUGUGUUUCGUCAUUUUGAACUUAUCGUGCUGGGGCGUUUCCCUCAUCAGGCGGUUUGAAACGAUACUGUGAAAAUGUAGCUUCCAGGUUUUGCUUCGAUUGAGAAUGUGAUAAAACGAUAAGCCAAAACUGAAAAGAAAAUACCAAAAGCGAGAUGUUUUUUGACACACAAGACGAACCAAAUAGCAACCCAGCCGAUGCACAACGUGUGGAGAAAGACUAUUGUAUUGGUGCUAGGGAACAAAAAGUAAAAGAUUUGCGUGUGAAUGUUACUUAAAGUGUGUGUGUGCGUGUGAACGUGGAAGCUCAUGUCCAGCAUGAAAACCAAACCGAUAAAUGAUCAGUAAGCCAACGUGACAUUCGUUCAGCGUGUCAGCUUUGACCGCCGUGUCCUACGAAUGAAUAUUAAGUAACACCAAUGAGAAAUGUAGUGCGGGGUGUUGGGGUGGGACGGGGUUUAAAAUCAACUGAAAUUCUUGAGUUGACUUCUAGAGGGAAUGUACCUGUUAGUGCUUUGAUAGAUUUUGUAGGAAAAAAUCUAUGUUCAACUGCUUAUUAUUGCUAAUGUAAAAAAAAGGCUGUGAUAAAAAAUAGUCCUUAUGAUAAUGAUGACUUGAUUUUAGACCAAAAGCUUUAAACUGUCUCUCUUUGAAUUUUUUUCCCUCAAAAAUUGUGUAUUUAUUGUGCGAGGGGAGGGUGUGUCGAUGGUUUAUAUGUUGCCGACUCUUCAUCUUAUUUAUUGGCUUAUUUAUGUAUUUAUAACGUUUUAAUUUAUCGAUUUUAAAUUCGUAAAACCAAACUGGGGAAAUGUGGGGUCAUUUUAAACACAAACCAUCAGUGUCAUUAUUUAGAUAGUUUACAAAGAAUCAAAAAGAUAAAACGACAUCUUUUACUGUAUUUUCCGUCGUGUAUAGCCCACACAGAAAACCUUGAAUGCCCAUCAUUUAUCCCUUGGGCAGAUCGUGAUGUCCAACUCUUUAUUUCUUUGCUUGUUUCAUUUUAGAUGCAUAUUUUUUUUUAUUUCGUGGUUUGAGUUGGAUGAGGGAAAAAGAGCGAGAGAGAUACGCUUCUGCAUAUACCUCAUGUCUGAUUAGAAAUGCCAAAUAGAUGGGAAAAAAGCUUUAAGAAUUUGAAAUAGGAGAGCAGAGGAGAUGUAGCUCAGGAGAGGGUCUUAUAAGAGUCUUUUGCGUGAGUAUAAGGGUUCACAGAAAUUCCCCACGUUAUCUUUUCCAAAUCCAGUCUGAGUUUAUGGCCCAGCUUGAUAUUCAAUUACGUGUCCGCCUUUGAAGAACAGUCGACUUGGUUUUAUUUUUUAUUAGUGUGCAUUGCUCAUGUGCAUAUUGCUUUUUUGUAUAGCUAUAUCUUUGUGUGUGAGGGCCCUGAUUCAAACCAAAGUUAAACUUCUACUGUUGGACCUCUCGCAUAUAGACACAUUUCAAUGCAUGGACAUUUUUGUAGACAUGCAAGACAUAAAAUUGCAUAGCGGGAAUGUCCUGGACAGCAACCGACAUUGUUAAGUGCAGUAUGCUGUUAUACAUUGUACAACAUUGGCCAUAAAUUUACGUUUAAUGCAUAUUUACAUUAUUAGUACUUCAAAGCCUUGUUGGUUGAAAAAAAUAUCAAAUGCAACGUAUUAGUUAUUGGUUUUAUUAUUGUAUGCAUUAUCAUUCAUUUGUUCGCCUCCAACCAAUACAGCUUAAAUCCAAAGGUAAAUGAUUAGGUCAGCAAAGAAAGAUUUCAAUGCCAAAACCUCAAGAGUUGAAACCAAAGAGAUCCACCGUAACUUUUACAGUACACGUUGUUGUCGAGAGACAUGCAGAUCCUUUUUUUUUUCAGAAAAUGUACCAUUUAUCUUUUUUUACAUUCAACGUUGUUGUUGAUGAUGAUGAUGAAGAUGAUAAUUUCAUGAUGAAGGUCACUUUUGACUCUGUAACUUUUCCUCUCUGUGUUUGUGUCUCACUCUUACCUCAGAAGCUCUUCGUGGGAUUUGUAAUCCGUUUUGGAUCUGAAUCUGGAUUCUGUUCAGAACUGUUGAACUGUCUCUUACUCAUCGCUCUCUGUGUGCCUGUUGUAUGGG